AAAGAGUUUUGAAGAAAUAUUGCAAGUUAAUUGGAGAGGAAUAUAAAGAAGAAAUGAUUCAUUGGGAGGCAAAACCUGUUAAUGAGUGGAGCAGAGGCGAAAAUGCCUCUAUUGUUGUAAAAAUGUUCCAUAAUGCGGAAAAUAGUACAGGCUUUAAUGAGUUUACUAAUAAAUAUGAUUAUGAAACUGUAUAUCCACAAAUUGUCUAUGAUGUUAUCGCUGAAAACAAAUC